AUGGAACCCAAAUCAGCCAUCGUCGACCACGACGCAACGGAGCAGACGGACGUCAAAGACGUACAAGAUGGAAUCUCCCAGUACGACGAGACCUUGGCGCCGACGCCCGCGCAAAACAGGCGCAUCCUGUUGAAGACAGACCUCGUCGUCCUUCCCUGCGCCGUAAUCAGCAUGACCCUCGCGUUCCUCGACAAGAACGCCCUAGGCUUCGCCGCAAUCUUUGGCCUCCGACAAGACGCGAACCUCAAGGGGCAGGAAUACUCCUGGCUCGGCUCCGUCUUCUACUUUGGCUACCUGGCCAUGGAACUCCCCGCCCUCUACCUCAUCACCAAGCUCCCCAUCGGCAAGUUCAUCGGCGCCUGCCUCGUCCUCUGGGGCACCUGCAUCUGCCUCAUGUCCGCCUGCCACAACUUCGCCGGCCUCGCCGCCAUCCGCGUCCUGCUCGGCAUCUUCGAGGCCGCCCUACUCCCCUGCAUGCUCGUCCUCAACGCGACGUGGUACCGCCGCGAAGAGCAGCCCCUGCGGACGGCGCUGUGGCAUAAUACGUUCGCCGGCGUGUUUGGCGGUAUUCUGUCUUACGCGAUUGGCAAUAUCAAGGGGAGCCUGUCGACGUGGAAGUACAUCUUCAUCAUCUACGGCGCCGUCACCGUCCUCGUCGGCUUCGUGGUUCUCUUCGCGCUGCCCGACUCCCCGCAAAAGGCAUGGUUCUUUGACGAGCGGGAGAAGCGACAGGUCGUCGUCCGCCUCGCCGAGAACCAGACGGGCGUCGACGUCAAGAAGAAGUUCGACGCGCAGCAGAUCCUCGAGGCCGUCAAGGACCCGAAAUGCUGGUGCGUAUGGGCCUGCGCCAUCGGCUACGCCGUCGCCAACGCGGGCAUCACGAACUUCAACCCGCUCAUCAUCUCGGGCUACGGCUUCAGCCAGACCAAGACCGUCCUCAUGGCCACGCCGCAGGCCGCGGUCGCCAUGGUCGCCGGCGUCGUCCUCACCACGAUCUCCAUGUUCGUGCAGAACCUGCGCUGCCUCUUCUGGAUCUUCUCCGCGCUCGUCGGGCUCGUCGGCGCGGUCAUGGUGCACACGCUCGACAUCAACCAGAACAGAAACGCCAGCCUGGCGUGCGUGUACAUCAUGGGCUUCUACAACGUGCCCUGGGUCUUCAUGCUGAGUCUUAACUCGUCCAACACGGCGGGCGCUACGAAGAAGAGCUUCAUGGGCGUCACGGUGGCCGUGUGCUACGCCGUCGGCAACAUCGUCGGUCCCCAGCUGUUCUUGUCGAGCCAGGCGCCGCGGUACCCGCUCGGCAUCAGCGCCAUGAUGUUUGCUUUUGCGCUCAUGGCCGCCUCGGGGCUCGUGUACUACCUGCUCUGCGUGGCGGAGAACAAGCGGCGCAAUUCCAAGUUUGGGGUUCCCGAGGAUAGGUUGCAGGCCGGUAUCGAGCAGGAGAGGGAGGAUAAGACGGAUGGGGAGAAUAAGGACUUCCGGUAUACCUACUAG